AGAAAGUUCUCUGCGGAGGAAAUCUCUUCCAUGGUUCUAAUGAAGAUGAAGGAGACUGCCGAGGCCUUUCUUGAAACACCAGUGAGAAAUGCUGUCAUUACUGUCCCAGCCUACUUCAACGACUCACAAAGGCAAGCUACAAAAGAUGCUGGUGUAAUUUCAGGUCUGAACGUGAUGCGUAUCAUCAUUGAGCCAACUGCUGCUGCCAUUGCCUACGGUCUAGACAAGAAAAGAGCAAGCAGCGUUGGAGAGAAGAACGUCCUUAUUUUUGACCUCGGAGGGGGAACAUUCGAUGUCUCUCUCUUGACCAUUAAAGAUUCCAUCUUUGAAGUGAAGGCCACAUCUGGUGAUACCCAUUUGGGAGGGGAAGACUUUGAUAAUAGAAUGGUGAAUCAUUUUGUGCAAGAAUUCAAACGCAAAAACAACAAAGAUAUAAGUGGAAACCCUCGUGCCUUAAGUAGACUGAGGAUGGCUUGUGAGAGGACGAAAAGGACACUUUCAUAUACUUCCGAGACAACUAUAGAUAUUGAUUCACUCUUCGAAGGUGUUGACUUUAGUUUUAAAAUAACCCAAGCAAAGUUUGAGAAGAUGAACAUGGAUCUAUUCAGUAAGUGUAUGGAGAGUGUUGAGAAAUGCUUGAAUGAUGCGAAGAUGGAGAAGAGCAGCGUAAAUGAUAUUGUUCUCGUUGGUGGGUCUACUAGAAUUCCGAAAGUACAAAAGCUUCUUCAAGAUUUCUUCAAUGGAAAGGAACUCUGCAAGAGACUCAACCCUGAUGAGGCUGUUGCCUAUGGUGCUGCAGUUCAAGCUGCUAUUUUGUGCGGUGAGGGAAAUCAGAAAGUUCAAGAUCUGGUAUUUAUGGACGUCACUCCUCUCUCUCUUGGAAUUAAUACAGUUGGAGGCAUCAUGGCAGUCUUGAUUCCUAGGAAUACUAGGAUUCCUGUAAAGAUGGAACAGGUUUUUAGUACAUACAGUGACAAUCAGUUGAGUGUUCCUAUUACAGUUUACGAGGGUGAGAGAUCAAUGACGAAAGACAAUAAUUUUCUUGGAGAAUUUGAGCUGUCUGGAAUUUCCCCUGCUCCUAGGCUUGUUCCUGUUAUCACAGUCUGCUUUGAAAUCGAUGCAAAUGGGAUAUUAAACGUUUCAGCAGAGGAAAAGACUUCGGGUAAAAAUAAUAAGAUGACAAUAAAGAAUGAUGAAGGAAGGUUAACUACAGAAGAGAUAGAAAAGAUGGUGCAAGAGGUGGAGAAGUUAAAGUUGGAGGAUGAGGAGCAUAAGAAGGCAGCCAAGGCCAGGAAUGAGGAAGAAAUGUAUGCCGAGUAA